AUGAGGAAGCAUCUGCAGAGAGAUUUACAUACAAUACCAAUCUCGUUCAAUCAACGACCUGUGUCUGUGAAAUCACGAGGUUCCUCGGCGGGACACUCGAGGGAAGGCUCGAGUGAUGACGGGAUAGGAUCAAGUGGUCGACAGACACUCAGUCCUAGUUCGGUAUCCUCAACGCACUUCAGUGGACCUUACCAAGGGCCUGUGCACACCCGACAAGGUUCCGCUCCUGCGUUGAUCAAUUGUGGCGAAACCGUGACUUGGGAAGAUAGUUAUAGCCACGACUCAAAGAUGACCUAUUGGAGUGAUCCACGUGCCAAGAGUCAGUCACUGGAUCCGCUGGCAUUAGCGAUGAAUGAUCCAACGAUUAUGCAAAAUCCACAAAAUCAGCCUCAACCUCAGCAGAUUCAACAGCAACCUGUGGGACAUUCUUUGCAACCGAAUGAUCUAGACGACGGUCUUGGACCGUUACCGGAAGGAUGGAUGAAAAAUUACGAUCAAAAUGGAGAUCCAUAUUUUAUAGAUCAUAUAAAUCAAACAACAACAUGGUAUGAUCCAAGAAUACCACGCCAUUUACAAGAGGAGCGAAUCCGACAAAGGCACGCCUGUGGUAGGCAAGAGAAUGUUGAUCAAUCCAGAGCAAAUCCCUAUGAUUCAUCACAAGAUUGUUCGUCGUCUUUGGUACAACAGUUACAAAUGGAACGACGUGAUAUGCAACAAAGACAGCAACAGCUUUGCAGAGAAGGUUUAAUCGAUCCACAAUGGCAAAGCACUCAGCAAUACCCAGCACCUGUCUCGCCAAUGCAAAGCUCUCAAAUGCCUCAGGCGUAUUCGAAUUACUGUAGUCAAACUCAGCAAGGACGUCCUCCAGUGAUGCCGACCAACUAUUAUGCCCACAACCGAAAUAUAUCGAACGAUUCGGCUGUUGAUAAUACGAUGGAAGUUGAUUAUAUGUCAUCCGUUCAAAUGGGAAUGACACCGAUGCAGGGAGCGCAUCAUAUUGAUCCGAAUCUUGUUCGAGAUUUAACUGCUCAGGACUUGAAUCCUCGUGAUUUCGAUCAGUAUCUCCAGCUGAACGAUAAUCGAUCUCCCGCUAUCGCCAAGCAGUAUAUGUAA